AUGUUCUACUCAGAGACGCUGCUCAACAAGAGCGGCCCGCUCGCCCGCGUCUGGCUGUCGGCCAACCUCGAGCGCAAGCUUUCCAAGAACCACAUCCUCCAGUCCAAUGUCACCGACAGCGUCGAGGCCAUCAUCACGCCUAACCAGGCGCCCAUGGCCCUACGUCUCAGCAGCCAGCUGCUGCUCGGCGUCGUCAGGAUAUAUCAACGGAAGACGCGUUAUCUGCUCGACGACUGCAACGAGGCCAUGAUGAAAAUCAAAAUGGCUUUCCGAUCCAGCGGCAACAACGACAUGGCCGCCAAUAUGCAAAUGCCCAACCGCGAGGCUCUGCUGCUCCCAGACAAGAUCACACCAUAUGAUAACCUUGAGCUCCCCCCACCCCCUGACGCGUCGUGGCUUCUGUCGCAGGUGGACGAAGUGACAGCGACUCCCGUCGGCCGCAAAGGACGCGACAACAACGGCAUGGACGAAGAUGCCUUGGCGCCCAUGGAUGAUCUCGACCUUGAGCUCGACUUUGGCCUCGACAUGGAUGGCGGCCCGAGCCAGAGCAUCGAAAUGGGCCGUGACGCGCCCGCCCCGCGCGACGUGGAAGACGACGUGUUUAGCGAACCCGACAUUGAGGCGCGUCGCGAGCCCGGCGCUGCUAAGGACGACUCUCUUGCUCUUGACCUGGGCGACGACAUUGUGCGAAUCGCGGAUGGAGAAGGCGACAUCCAGAUGGGCGACGACGACUUCGGCUUCAACCCGGGCGACCAGUCUGCAAUGCCCGAAAUGACCGGCGCCGCGGACCUGGACCGCGCAAGAAUCUCCGAGUCCCCGCUGUCUGACAUUGACGAGGCCUUCGCCCGGGAAGUCGAGGCCGAGUACGUCCGCCACAACCAUACUGAUCUAUACGAGCCGCAGGAAGACACCGAACACACGCUGGUCCGGCGGCCCGCGCAGCGCGCCAAGAAGCAAAAGAUUAUGAUGCCCGACGAAGAAAUUGCGCUAUCGAGCAGCCACAUCAAGCAACAGCAGGCUGACAGGCAAAACAUCAUCAAGCCCGCCGCCUUCCUCCCCCGCGAUCCCUUGCUACUCGCUCUGAUGGACCUGCAGAAGAAUGGCGGAUUCGUGUCAUCUAUCAUGAUGGAAGGCAGGAGCUCCGCGUGGGCUCCCGAGCUGCGCGGCAUGCUGUCUUUGAACUCGGGGCAUGGAGUGAGCGAGCUGAAGCGGAAGCGAGAUAGCGGCAUCGCCGACGUGGAAAGCGACCAAGGCGCCGUCAAGUCGCCUCGCCUUGAGCUCGGAGACGACACCGACUUUGGCUUCGACGGCGAGGGGCUGGGCAACCAGAGCGCGGCGCCAGACGGCACCGUCUUGGAGAUUCCCGCUGACGAUGAGGAUCACCGUGACCGCGAAGAGAGCAGCCCAAUGCCGGCAUUUGACGAAACCACGGCGCCCCUCGUCCAUCCUGCCGACAGCGGGCUUGUGUCUGUCGGCACCAAGCAUGCCGUUCACAUCCUGCGCGAUCUGUUUGGCGCCGAAGCCGCCACCAACGACGAGAAGAGGAAGAAGACGUCGGUCGUGUUCCAGAACCUGCUACCGGAGAAGCGGACGACCAAGGCAGAGGCAACCAAGAUGUUCUUUGAGUGUCUGGUUUUGGCCACCAAGGACGCCAUCAAGGUGGAGCAGGGGCCUGAGCUGGGAGCCCCCAUUCGAGUCAGGGGCAAGCGAGGCCUCUGGGGAGACUGGGCCGAGCGCGAAGCCGGCGGCGAGAUUUCGAACCAGGACGAACCGGAGCCGGCGGCAGUCUGCGCACCCACUGUGGCCGUAGAAGCAUGA